CCACUCUGAUUUUCCCAGAAAUUCACAAUUGCCCCCUCUCGAUCGACUUUAUUCCCCCAUUUGCGUUUGCCUUCUCACCAGAUUCUCUCUGGUUUUCUGAAUUUCUUUCUUAAUUACUCCGAUCAGAUUCAGAAUCGAUCGAAUCGAGACGCCCAAUUGAUCAAACAUGACUCUUGGCUCAGGAGGAUCUGGAGUUGUCGUCCCGAGGAACUUCCGGUUGCUUGAGGAGCUUGAACGUGGGGAGAAGGGUAUUGGAGAUGGAACUGUAAGCUAUGGUAUGGACGAUGGGGAUGACAUCUACAUGCGCUCUUGGACUGGCACUAUCAUCGGUCCUCACAAUACCGUGCAUGAGGGAAGGAUCUAUCAGUUGAAGCUCUUCUGUGACAAAGACUACCCCGAGAAACCCCCAAGUGUCCGGUUCCAUUCUCGUAUCAACAUGACUUGUGUCAACCAUGAAUCCGGCCUGGUCGAGCCAAAAAAAUUCGGCCUUCUAGCUAACUGGCAAAGGGAGUACACUAUGGAGGAUAUACUGUCUCAGCUGAAGAAGGAAAUGGCUGCUCCACAGAACCGGAAGCUCGUCCAGCCUCCUGAAGGUACUUACUUCUAGUUAAAAAAAAAAAAAGGACUUGAAGUUGAACCUUCUUCUUCCUCCCGAAGGUACUCUACUCUGCUUUCUGGUUUCCGGAUUUCGCCCCCUCUAUAAAUGCUACUCCUUGUACCUUUGGGUUUUCGCCAUUGUCGUGACUCGAAGUCUACCUAAAAGAAUACGGUCUUUGUGGAUGAUGGGUAUGUUCUCUAUUUUGAUCAUGUGGAGUUUUAUCCUUUGUGUGCAAAAUAUAUUAAAAAAAAACAGCGUCUUCGUUGAGUGCUUGUGUU